GCCAUAUUUGGUACUCGCCCUAUGGUAGAAUUACCCCCUUGACAUAACAGGGACAGGCUUCUGUUUUUAGUCAGCUGGCCAAAUGAUCGUUGACGGGAUGCUUGGCCCUCAUCCAGGCAGUCUUCUCGUCCUAGAGUUGAUUGAGAUGAGUUAUCGCGCUGAUAUCGCACUGGAAAGAAGUACUUGUCGUCCUGACCCACGCGUAUGCUAGAGCUGACCAUCAGUGCUCUCCGAUGAAUGAUCGAUGCGCUUCCUUGCAUCACCUCUGGUACCCGAUCUAAUUCCCGUGAGGCUCUUCGACGCGUAGCUUAUUAGCCUCCGUAGGUAUCGAUAAUGGAAGACUGAUACCAGCAGUCUUCUUAGGCUACGCACCUCAGAUGGGUAUCGGGGGGUUCCUGCGUUCCGGAGCCUCCUUCGCUGCUCGUUUCGUCACGGUUCUAGCGGUGCACACGCUAGGAAAGGUCGUCUGGCCAUGGUUCCGCGUGGCUGCGAUCGCCAGCAGCACCGUCUGGUCCAAGCUACCGCUUCGACUGAUGCCAGCGGGAGCAGCCAAUGCCGUCGCCCGCCUGCGUCCCUUCUGCCUUCCCGUGGUGGCUCAGCUCUUCCUCAGCUCGCUCAUCCCCUUCGCCUUCCCCGAUGUCUGGCGCACGCUGCGCUUCUGGGACAGGCUCAUGCCCAUCUACCUGGGCUACAUGAAGACGAAGCUAGCGGUGCGCAGCAAGCCCAUUGAGAUUCGGCACGAGAAAUGGGCUGUGCGCCACGAAUGGGGUGGCAAGCUCGUCUACAACCUCGUGCUUCGUCUCAGUGGCCUCUACGUCAAAUCCGCGCAGAUUCUUGCCUCCAAAUCGGACUUCAUGCCAGCAGCAUGGGUGCGGCGGUUGUCCUCUCUCUUUGACAGCGUGCCCCCGCGCCCCUACUCGCAAGUCAUCUGCUCCAUUGAGUGCGAGCUCGCCACCUGCCUUCGAUCCGCCUCCCACACCUCUCCCACUCCUCCUCUUCCUGCCGAUGGUGAUGCCGCUAGUGCUACUGCCAACAGCGAUAUUGAUGCCGUUACUGCUAAUGGUGAUGCCGCUGCUGUCGAGGCUGCAACACACAAGUCAACCGGUCUGACCAAGUCAACGCAGGUCAAGCAUUCCCCCCUGGUGGUAGCGCAAGUGUUUGAGAGCAUAGAGGAGGAGUCUCUAGCCUCAGCCUCCAUAGCCCAGGCCCACGCCGCUGUGCUGCUGCACCCGCUCCCUGAGAACCAACCCACAGACCCUACCAAGGUGCUGCCCAUCCUGCCCCACCUCACUGUUAGAGAGAGGGAGUCCCUGGGGAUCUCUGCUGAGUGCAGUGAGGCCUGCUUCCUUGCACGGACUGACAAGCCAUGGCCGAAACCCCUGUUCCAGUCUGGCUUUGUAGCAGGCGCAGCGGAUGCUGGGAUUGCGUCGCAAGUUGUAGCGGGAGCAGCUUCACCAGGGGUUGCAGACGGAGCAGUGGCUGCACCAGCAACGCCACCAGCAGCGGCAGCAUCCUCCGUAGCAGGAUCUGCCGCAGAGAAUGCAGCGCCUGCUGCAAUAGCAGCAGCUGCCGUUCCUUCUCCUGCUGCUAACACAGCCGGUACAGGAGGAGCCUCUGGUGCUGCCACCACCCCAGCAACACGCAGAGUGGUGCCGGGCGGGAUCACCCGUCUGGUUCCGCUGGACCGCAAGCCCAUCGGAGUGAUGACUGCAGAUGGCACUAUCAAGCCCAUCCCCCACCCCGCGGUAGCAGAGGUGGCGGGAGCAGUGGUGAAGCGGCCCAUCCCGCCUCGGUUUGCCAAGGAGGGGCCGGGCCAGGAGGCCGAGGGGACUGAGGGGGGCGAGGAGGAGGAGGAGGAGGAGGAGGAGGAGGAGCAGUUUUUCGAUGGGGAGGGCGGGUAUGAGAGCGACGACUUCUUUGACGCGCACUCUGAGUCCUCGGAACCCGGUGCUGACGUGGCGAGCUGUAGCACGUUGGCAGUGUUGGAGGGAGCUGGUGGAUUAGGGAGAGGGGCGGGAGAACGAGCAGGGGAGGGAGAGGGGGGGGAGAGUGCAGAGGGGAGGGGGAGGGGGAGGGAGAGGGAGAGGGAGAGGGAGAGGGAGAGGGAGAGGGAGAGGGAGCGGGUGCGGGGCAGGGAGGUGGUGGUGAAGGUGCAGCAUCUGGGGAUGGACGUCAUCAUGCGCUCCGACCUGCGCAACAUCGGCCGCGUGGCCGAGUUCCUCUCGCCACAGCUGCCCUUCGACCUCCGCAAUAUCGUGAAGGAGAUCCAGCAGACCAUCCCCAACGAGUUCAACUUUCUUAGGGAGGUGGCGUUCAUGACCACGGUGCGCCACAACCUCGCCCUCAGGGGCUUCCACCAAGUCGUCUGCCCCACGCCCGUGCUCCACCUCUGCACUAGGCGAAUGAUCGUCAUGGAGAGGCUCUACGGCACGCCAUUCACCAAGAUCAUCGACUCGUUGCACCCCUUCAAAGACUCCUCCCUCCUCCCUCCCACUCUUGCCGCCACGCGCCAAGAAGCGAUCUCAGCCAUCCGUUCCCUCCUCGAAUCCUACGGUGCCAUGUUCUUCCUCGACGGAGUUUUCCACGCUGACCCCCACCCGGGCAACCUUCUCCUGCUCCCUGGAGCCAAGGUCGGGCUCCUGGACUACGGGCAGUCGAAAGUUUUGGACGGGCAGACGAAACGUUCGUUUGCCCGCAUGGUGGUGGCGCUGUGCAAGGGGAACCAGCUGGAAAUAUCUCUAGCUCUGCUGGGCACAGGGAUAUCGUUCGGGGGUGAUGCUGACUGGACCACCUUCUUUGCUAAACCAGGGGCGGAAGUAGCAGGAGGAAAGCCAGCAGGAGCGAAAUUAGAAGGGAAAGCAGAUGGGGCUGAGGAAAGUGCCAAGGCAGGGAAGGGGGAGGGCGAGACAGCGAACUUGGAGCCAAUGAUGAAUGGACACGUGUCAGGAAAUGAAGUAUGUAAUGGCCCUGCAGCAGCAGACCGAAGCUUAUCUGCUCCUGCUCCUGCGGGGCUGGGCAUGGGCUUGGGUCUGAGGCCUAAACCUGCCAAAGCCGUAGCACCAGUAGCAGUAGAGACAACAUCACCAGCAGCACCACAAGCAGCAGCAGCAGGAGCAGCAGUGGGGCUGCCGUUGCUCGUCCCCCCGAGGAAGAAGAAGAGUGUAGCGUUCAGUGACCCCAUCACGCUGGGCCCGGCUGCCACGCUGGGCCCUGCUGGCGCUGGUAGGGGCCCGGGUACGCCAACCAAGAGCACUCUGGUCACGCAGCCUCGGGAAUCUCCUCCCGUUUCUUCUCCUGGUGCUGCUCCUGCACCUGCACCCCCUCCUGCAUCGGCUACAGAUGCUUCUCCUGCGCCUGCUACAGCUGCUUCUCCUGCACCUGCUACAGCUGCUUCCCCUGCACCCACUAUCACUUCGCCUGCUGCGGGUUCUGGGUCGCCAGUGCUGCAUGGGGUGGAGGGGGGCUCGGUGUCAGCCGCUGUGUUGGCUGCCGUCGUUGCCUUCACUGAGAAAGCCCCUCCUUCUGACGACACUGCUGCUGGGAGCGUCGGUGGAGUUGGGGGUGCUGGCAGCAGUGGUGGCAGGGGCCAGAGCGCUGGAGGCAGUGGGAGUUCCAGUGGUGGUGUGAAGUCUGGGGAGGGGACGGGCACUAGGUCAGCUUUGGGGAGGUCAGAGCCGGAGGGUGAGUCGGCCCUGGCGACGCUUCUUAGAGAGGUGGGGCCGGCGGGGCUGCUGGCAGCAGCGACGCCGGAGCGGCUGCAGACGGUGCACACGCUGUCGUACCUCAUGUUCGACACACGUCCCAUGGCUGAGGCACAGUUGUCGCCGCUCUCCCAAGACUCAGUGCUGCAGAGGGCUCCCUUGAAAGCGUUCAAUCAGUCCUACUGGCUGAUCAUCAGAGCCAUGCUGCUGCUGCGAGGGCUCUGCCACUCUUUAGAUGCUGACAUCUCAGCCGUCCAACUGUGGAGGCCGUAUGCUGAGCCUUUCUUGCACAAGAGCCAUAGUCCCAUCAUCCCUACAGCCCAGCACCCAUAGCCCACCCAUUUGCACUGGUGACUGGCCAGUCAAACCUGUUGCUUGCCUUGGUGUUGGAAUAAGUAUAGAAUAAGUCUUGCCCAGUGGGCAACCACCCGGGCCCAGCUCUGAUAACCAAGCCCACCUAUCAGCAUGCUGAGUGACCCGCCUGUCAGAAUGUCAAGGAGUGAGCUUGUUGUGAAGCUGGAAACCUGUCGCGCACCUCAUGUCGCCCAUUUCGCGGACAGUGUCCGUGUUGCGGGUGUGGCAAACCAAAACGAGCUUGGGAGUGGAGCGGAGUUUCGGGGCAAGUGGCCCCGAGCACCAGCAUAUGAAAUGUUUUGAUGCCAUCUGUCCUUAGCACGUUGGUUGGCAUGUUGGGUGUAAGGAAUUUUCCAUUCCUUACCGAGCGGUACUGCUAUCGCGUACGCUCGAACACACCCAAAGCCUCGGGACUGUUCCGGACCUUUCUGACAGAACUGCCUCGGCUUCUCCAGACCUGCUAGUUCGACCUUCGGGAGUUCUUCAGGCCUCGCUUCGUCACUUCGAGACCCUUUGAUCUCCUUCCCGAACCUUACCAUCGCAUGGUUAGACUAGCUCUGGUGUUCCUAUAUCUUGGCUUGCCAUUCCUUGUAUCG